UCUGCCAACUGCUGCUGGCUUGUCGCUGAUGGCGCACUCACUCUGUCCUGGGCACCAUCCACUCUCCUGGUCGUCCCUUCUUCUCUCUUCGGUUUUCUUGGUGUGUCGACGCUCGCCUCGGCGGUGACUUUAUCCGCUUCCAGGGCAACAUUUUACCCCGAAUCAACACGACAGUUUGGGAGGAUGAACCCCCAGUGUGACCGUUGCAGGAAGAUCGUGUAUCCCACGGAGAAAGUGAGCUGCCUGGAUAAGAACUGGCACAAAGGAUGCUUCCACUGCGAGGUUUGCAAGAUGACCCUGAACAUGAAGAACUACAAAGGUUACGACAAGCUUAAACAUUUUCUGAUAUGCAUAACCAACCACAACUUACAGCCCUCAGAGCCAGGUAACAAUCCAGCAAUCGUGGACUUUGUGAACUCAGAGCCGAGUAACGAUCAAGAUCCACCUGACCCGGGGCCACUUUACCAAGAUGAAUGUUCUAAUUCACUGCCUGAAAUAUCAGCCAGCACUUCAGAACAUGUUUUCCUGCCAUCUCCGUACAAUAUCAUCACACACGAGGUCUGGCUGGAAACUCCACCGGUGCAGCAGCCCCCAGUGACGUACACCGUUACAGCCUAUCCUCACGUGGGCUACUUGGCCCAUAGUCGAUCCAGAAGAACCGCCUGCCUCUUGCCUCGUUCUCACAGCACCUCUGAGCUGAGACCAGAGAAGAGCAACAGCUUGACCCGAUCUGCCAGCUUGGUCGACAUGUUCCUCAAGGACUUUGAGCACUUUACUCCUGACGUCACCUUGGGGGGGGAGAAGGCAACCUACAGGUUGCAAUGCUUCAGGGCCGGCCGGUACCAGUGCACGGUGACGGGCCUGGUGUUCGAUAUGGAUGGAGAGGGGGAUGUAUGUUACGGGACCAUCCCAUGGAAGCUGAGCCUACUGGCCCAGCAUCACAAGAAGCCUGCAGGGCCGCUUUUUGACAUCCAGUGUGACAAGCCGUCCGUGCGGCAGCUUCACCUGCCUCAUUGUGAGAUCCCAUCCACGGGCGGGCACCGCCACUUGUCAGUGGCUCACGUGAGAGGUGAGGGCAUCGAGCUGAUCACCCCUCAGGAGACCACCGACACGCACGUCAUCGCCAACAUAAUGGGCUUUUCGGCUUUUGGGCUCAUGCGAGAUGAAGACGCGCCUCGCCUCCCGAUCCAAGCGCUGGUGCUGGUCUUCCUCAUUCCCGAGCCGCCGUCCGUUUUAAAUGUGCUGUUAGUGCCGGAGAACGAGGUGGUGGAUGAAGUCAUUCGUAUCCGGAGUGGACGCAAUCCCAGUGAGGGCUUUGUCAACACCAUUUCAGAAUGCAUCCUGGUCCCACAGCAGCAGUACAUUCUGACCACCACGCUAGGAGAGCUGUUGCGAAUUCAACCAAAUAGAGCGACUUUUUACGACAGCCCUCGCAGAAACUUCAUGAAUUCAUUCCAAGUACUUGGAAUAGACAACUUGGACACCAUCCAUCUGACUCUGAGGGAGCAUGACAACCUCGAAGGCCACGUCUGGUACGCCGAGGUUCCUUUGAGACACGCAGUGCACCGUCGUCGUGGCGUCGCGGUCGAAGAUCUGAGAAACGCCUGGACCGGCUUCGUCAACAGAGUAUCACGCGCGGUCCUCGAGACUCUGGUGGACCGUUUGUUUGAGGAAGGGUUCUUAAACGAGAAUGAAAGAGACGAGAUACACGAAGUUCGCAUGAGAAGGCGCAAGGCGCGUGCCGUCAUGGGCAGAGUGAUCAACAUCGGCCCGCGGGCUUGCACACGAUUCAUUACAUUACUUCGUGAGGAAGACCCCCACGUCUCGGCUACUCUCGGCUUGUGACGAACAGGCAGAAAGGUUCUUUAUGAAGUGACCGGACUUAUAAGUGUUGGACGGGUGAUUCAUUUGUCUUGAGCAAUGUGUUUCAUGAAAUCGCACGCAAGCAUCAUAUUUUAAACCUGCAACACCGACAAUGAAAGAACACGUCUGGUCUGUUUGACGACAUCGGAAACUGCGACUGAAUACACUUUGCACUGACAUUACCUGCCGUAUAUUCUCGAGGUGCUCUGGAUAAAAUGUGAUUCCCUUCAAUUCUUUGUGAUUUGACCUGUCAAACUCAUCUGCAAAGUACUGAACUUGUCAUAUAGAGUAGAGUAGAUGUUCCGAGAUAUUUAGCAUUCUGCUCACAAUGGAUGCACCCACACAAGGCCUUUAAAUGCUUAUAUGCCUCACACACCUGACUUCCAGUCAGGACUUCCAGUCAUGUAUUAACUUGUGUACACCUCGCUGCAUGUUUUGAGGCGGGAAUGUAACAAAGUUAAAGUGCAUCUUACACUUCUGUUACAUUGUUACGUACAGUAUGCCAUAUUUAGGGUGAAUGAGACGGGUUUCCUGCAAAAAAAAAUGAAUGAAUGAGUGGGUGGGUUUUCUCACAAAUAAAAAUAAUAUUAACGUGUAUUAAUUCAUUUAUUGUUUAAAAAAUAAUAAAAUGUAUUAUCUUGAGAAAAUAAAUCUGUGAAUAUCCAGGGGGGAACAAAUUCCAAACUGUGAACAGGUGGAGAGCUACUGUAUAGUUAUCUUUGGUCGGUGUGACGUUACUGGUGCAAGCAUCGCCAUCUACUGGACUUACUGUACCGUACUGACAAAUAAAAUACGUUUUAUAUCAUAAAAUACAACGGAAGUUUGUUC